AUGCCUGUGGCCGGCAUUGCUGGCCUUCCGUGGGAGGGGGGUCCCGGCAAGUCGGGGCUGUUUGAUGACUUUUUCCCGGGACCUGUGUGUCCAGGCUUGCUGGACAUCAUGGACAUGUUUUGUGACCGUCUGAGCUGUCACGGCAAAGCUGAGGAGUGCAUCGGACUGUGCCGAGCCCUUCUCAGCGCCCUCCACUGGCUGCUGCGCUGCACGGCAGCCUCUGCAGAGUGGCUCCGGGAGGGGCUGGAGGCCAGCACUCCAGCAGCUGGGGAGAAGCAGCUUGCCAUGUGCCUUCAGCGCCUGGAGAAAACCCUCAGCAGCACCAAGAACCGGGCCCUGCUGCACAUCGCCAAACUAGAGGAGGCAGCCUCCUGGACUGCCAUUGAGCAUUCUCUCUUGAAACUUGGAGAGAUCCUGGCCAAUCUCAGCAACCCCCAGCUCUGGAGCCAGGGCAACAGUGUGGGCACCCUCAUUAGGAGCAUCCCCACGAUGCUGUCUGUGCAUGCGGAGCAGAUGCACAAGACUGGGUUCCCCACUGUCCAUGCUGUGAUCCUGCUCGAGGGCACCAUGAACCUGACAGGCGAGACGCAGUCCCUGGUGGAGCAGCUGACGAUGGUGAAGCGCAUGCAGCAUAUCCCCACCCCACUUUUUUGUCCUGGAGAUCUGGAAAGCUUGCUUGUGGGGCUCAUUGAGUCUCAGGGUACAGAGGAGCUCAAGUGGACGGCUUUCACUUUCCUCAAGGUUUUGGUGAAGUUGAAGAAAGACUUUCAUGGGGACAAGGACUUCACUGAGGAUGUCAACUGUGCUUUUGAGUUCCUGCUGAAGCUCACACCCUUGUUGGACAAAGCUGACCAGCGCUGCAACUGUGACUGUACAAACUUCCUGCUCCAAGAAUGUGGCAAGCAGGGGCUUCUGUCUGAGGCCAGCGUGAACAACCUUAUGACUAAGCGAAAAGCAGACCGGGAGCACGCACCCCAGCAGAAAUCGGGAGAGAAUGCCAACAUCCAGCCCAACAUCCAGCUGAUCCUCCGGGCAGAACCCACUGUCACAAACAUCCUCAAGACAAUGGAUGCAGACCACUCUAAGUCCCCGGAGGGACUGCUGGGCGUCCUGGGCCACAUGCUAUCCGGGAAGAGUCUGGACUUGCUACUGGCUGCUGCUGCUGCCACUGGAAAGCUGAAAUCCUUCGCCCGGAAAUUCAUCAAUUUGAAUGAAUUCACAACCUAUGACAGCGAAGAAAGCACCAAACCGGCCUCUGUCCGGGCCAUGCUGUUUGACAUCUCCUUCCUCAUGCUGUGCCACGUGGCCCAGACCUAUGGUUCAGAGGUGAUUCUGUCUGAGUCGCGCUCAGGAGCUGAGGUACCCUUCUUCGAGACCUGGAUGCAGACCUGCAUGCCUGAGGAGGGCAAGAUCCUGAACCCUGACCACCCCUGCUUCCGCCCCAACUCCACCAAAGUGGAGUCCCUGGUGGCCCUGCUCAACAACUCCUCAGAGAUGAAGCUGGUGCAGAUGAAGUGGCACGAGGCCUGUCUCAGCAUCUCAGCCACCAUCUUGGAAAUCCUCAAUGCCUGGGAGAACGGGGUCCUGGCUUUCGAGUCCAUCCAGAAAAUCACUGAUAACAUCAAAGGGAAGGUGUGCAGUCUGGCGGUGUGUACGGUGGCUUGGCUUGUGGCCCAUGUCCGGAUGCUGGGGCUAGAUGAGCGUGAGAAGUCUCUGCAGAUGAUUCGUCAGCUGGCAGGACCACUGUUUAGUGAGAACACCCUGCAGUUCUACAAUGAAAGGGUAGUGAUCAUGAACUCCAUCCUGGAGCGCAUGUGCGCGGAUGUGCUGCAGCAGACAGCCACGCAGAUCAAGUUUCCCUCCACUGGGGUGGACACGAUGCCCUACUGGAACCUACUGCCCCCCAAGCGACCCAUCAAGGAGGUGCUGACAGACAUUGCCAAGGUGCUGGAGAAGGGCUGGGUGGACAGCCGCUCCAUCCACAUCUUCGACACCCUGCUGCACAUGGGUGGUGUCUACUGGUUCGGCAACAACCUGAUUAAGGAGCUGCUGAAGGAGGCGUGGAAGGAGCACACACUGAGGGCAGUAGAGCUGCUCUACUCCAUCUUCUGCCUGGACAUGCAGCAAGUGACCCUGGUCCUGCUGGGCCACAUCCUGCCUGGCCUGCUCACUGACUCCUCCAAGUGGCACAGCCUCAUGGUCCCCCCGGGCACUGCUCUUGCCAAGCUGGCCGUGAGGUGUGCCCUCAGUUCCUACUCCUCCCACAAGGGACAGGCGUCCACCCGCCAGAAGAAGAGACACCGUGAAGACAUUGAGGAUUACAUCAGCCUCUUCCCGGCCGACGUGCAGCCUUCGAAGUUGAUGCGACUGCUGAGCUCCAAUGAGGAUGACGCCAACGUCCUUUCGAGCCCCACAGACCGGUCCAUGAGCAGCUCCCUGUCAGCCUCUCAGCUCCACACGGUCAACAUGAGGGACCCUCUGAACCGAGUCCUGGCCAACCUGUUCCUGCUCAUCUCCUCCAUCCUGGGGUCUCGAACCGCUGGCCCUCACACCCAGUUCAUGCAGUGGUUCAUGGAGGAGUGUGUGGACUGCCUGGAGCAGGGUGGCCGGGGCAGUGUCCUGCAGUUCUUGCCCUUCACCACUGUGUCGGAACUGGUGAAGGUGUCAGCCAUGUCCAGCCCCAAGGUGAUUCUGGCCAUUACAGACCUCAGCCUGCCCCUGGGCCGCCAGGUGGCUGCUAAAGCCAUUGCUGCACUUUGAGGGCCUUGGUGUGGCCACAGUGGGGGCUGGGGAUGGGCCCAGCCCAGGCGCCUUCAAGGGGAACAGUGAGGAGAGAUGAGGCAUCGUGGCUCACAUCUGCCCUACAUGGUGCAAGAGCCCCCGCAGCUUCCCGUUCCUGCUCCUGACUCCUGACCUCCAGGAUGUCUCCCUGUUUCUUCUUUCGAAAUUUCCUCUGAGUCUGCCAGUACAUGAGGAGCGUGAGCAGCCUGACCCCUCGGCCCCACGGUCACCCCGUGUUCGCCCACCCCAGUCCAGGAGCAGUCUUAUCUCUGAGGAACUUUCUAGAUGCAGAGUGUGUAUAUAUGUACAUGUAUUUUUUUUUGGUAAUACGUGAGGGAAGUCUACCUUUGUUUAUUUGUAAGUAAAGCUCAUGGAUCCCUUUGUGA